GGUGUGUGGUGCGUGCUUGCGUGCCUCUCAAUAUGGGUUAGGAUGUUUGCAACCUUUUUGCGAUGAGUUUGUGCUCAGUUCAGUUUUCUGUCUCAGGAACCUGUCCUUUCUCAAGUCUUCAACAUGAGUAAAUGACAUCCGGUGUUGUCUUAUUUAAAAUUGAUAGGGCAAUCGACUUGAAAUGAACAACACAUACAGCUCAAAUGCAUCAGCUGGGUGGUCAAGGGAAGGCGUGGUGAUGCGCGAGAAGAAAUCCAACCAGAUGAGCAAAGUCCAGAAGAUCAAGCAUCGCAUCAGCUCAAGCUUCGGGCGCCUCUCGCUGUCCAAGAGCUCGGACGCGGUGGACGCGGGCGCGCGCGAUGUCGGCGACCGGCAGGAGGCGGCCGCCGACCCGCUCAGGAGCAACGGCUACUCGGAGGAGUACCUGGACCGGUUGGAGCCCAACGGCAACAUACCCAAGGACAACUCGCUGCACCUCGGCUGGGAGCGGCUGGCUGACCCUGACCCCGUGUCGCGCCAGCUGUCCGUCUCGUCCGACAGCCGGCUGCUGGACGGCGCGGCCGGCUCGGAGGUCAAGGUCGUUAUGCGACCCAAGAGGCCGCCGCGGCCCAAGUCCGAGGUGCUCAUCUGCCAGCAGAGCCGGAAAUCCAAACGUUACUCGGCCUUCGGGGGCGACUCGCCGUUCGGCCGCCAGGAGGCGUACGUCAAGCUGGACGCACUAGGCGAGGGCUCCUACGCCACCGUCUACAAGGGCUACAGCAACCUGACGCAGCAGACGGUGGCGCUGAAGGAGAUCCGGCUGCAGGAGGAAGAGGGCACACCCUUCACCGCCAUCCGUGAGGCCAGUCUGCUUAAGGAGCUGAAGCACGCCAACAUCGUCAUCCUGCACGACAUCAUCCACACCAAGAGCGCGCUCACGUUCGUCUUCGAAUACGUGCACACGGACCUGUCGCAGUACCUGGAGAAGCACCCUGGCGGGCUGCACGGCCGUAACGUGCAGCUGUUCAUGUACCAGCUGCUGCGCGGCCUCAGCUACUGCCACGCCCGGCGCAUCCUGCACCGCGACUUGAAGCCGCAGAACCUGCUCAUCUCGCAGAUCGGCGAGCUCAAGCUGGCCGACUUCGGUCUGGCACGGGCCAAGUCUGUGCCGAGUCACACGUACUCGCACGAGGUUGUGACGCUCUGGUACCGGCCGCCCGACGUGCUGCUCGGCUCCACAGACUACACCACCUCGUUGGACAUGUGGGGCGUAGGCUGCAUCUUCGUCGAGAUGGUCGCUGGCGUGCCGUGCUUCCCGGGCGUACGCGACGUGGCCGACCAGCUGGACAAGAUCUUCCGCGUGACGGGCACGCCGGACCGGCGCGCGUGGCCGGCGCUGGCCGCCCUGCCGGGCUACCGUCCGGAGCGGCUGGGCCGGCACCGGGCGCGCCGGCUCUCAGACGCCUUCCCCCGGCUGGCCGAGCUGCCACAUGCCGAGCCUCUCGCCGGCCGCCUCUUGCAUCUGGUGCCGGAGCGGCGGGCGGCGGCGGACGCGGCGCGGCGGCACCGCUACUUCGCCGACCUGCCGCCGCAGCUGGCGGCGCUGCCCGACACGGCGAGCGUCUUCACCGUCCCCGGCGUGCGGCUGCACCCGGAGCCCAAGCAGUUCGCGCCCGUCGUGCUCAAGAUGGCGCAGGAGCUGCGCAAGAAGCACUAGCGGCGGCGCGCGCGUCGGUAGUUGAGCCGGCGGCCGCGGGCGGCGCUGGCGUCUGCCGGCGGGCGGGCGGCUCCCAGUGGGCGUUUGUACGCGGCGAGUGGGCGCGUGGUGGGUGGUCGACGCACGAGACGCGUGCGGGGAAACGUUCUCCGCCGGCCGGAGUCCGCACGGGGUAGAGGAAGCUCUAGUCACCGGUCCGUCAUGUUACUGCGCGCGUGUUGAGAUGGGCGCCGAUCCGUGGGGAGUUGUCGACACUAUCGGAGGCCCACAUCGCCGCACAGGGGCUGGCGCUGGCGCCAUCUAGUUGCUCUGUCCGCUCCCAGCAGUUGGCGAGCGCCACCUACCGGGCUUCGACCGUACCGACCGUAUGCGAUUGAUGCUCACAAAGUCGCCUGUCGCGGCGUGGUAGGUGAGGUAGCUGUGAGAUGUCUGUGCACCGCUUCGCGACUUUUCAGACAAUACGUCCGUGCUGUGUUGUCCGCCUGUGUUGUAUCCCGUUCAACGUGCUGACCGGUCCUGCGGUCUGCUCACCAUGGUGACCUUUCGCCAUCGAGUGAACAUUUACUGUUAUGUUUUGUUUUUUUAAUAAUUUUGUCGUUUAUGACGCGUGCAAACUGUUCCGCCGCUUGUCGUUAUUUUGACGCCCUAUCCGAUCCCAGGAGGCGCGCGCGUCACCGUCCUCUCCGAACCCUCUCUCGGCCUGGAGAGGACUUGGCGACACAGGCUGGGCCUUUCGUACGCACAUGUGUCGGCGCGCGCCGGACGCGUAGCUGGGGGCGGCCGGCGCGCGGCGUGGCCCUCCGUGUCCUCCCGGCACUGUGAUACGGGUGUGCAGCAGCCGCCCUCGUCCAGCGGCCGGCGUCUGUCUGCGGGCCGGCCCGUGGCGCGCUCCGCCGGCGGCGGCUCCGUGGCCGAACCUCGGGCCGCGGAGCACACUCGGCGUGGGGCCGGUCCGGCCGCGAGCUCCCGCGCCCCGCCGCGCAACAAGGAACGCGAAGCUGCCAGACGAGCGCACACGACCGGCUGCUCUCGGCCGCCCAGCUGGGGUCGCUGGCACGAGGUCACUGUCGCACGAUCUUCACCGGCCGCUCUGCUAGUGCACCGUAUGAUAUCGAGUGAUCUGUUCGGACAUCUCACGGCAAACCAAAGAUCUGUUUCGUCCACUCGCGGCGUCGUGAGGCGUGACGCCUCGUGACGUGACGUGACGUGACGCCUCCUGUGAAGAGGUCCUAUUGCGUCCGGGGCGAAUCAGACAUAGGCUUUCAUAUAUGGUGUGGAUGUAUUACUUUCCAUAUAUGUGUGUUGUUUGAAAUAGACACGUACAUGUCGUAAACGCAAUUGCGUAAUUUGUGCAUCUCACAAUACAGCUGCGAGAAGUGA